AUGGCCAGUCCUAUCGCUUUCAUCGGCUCAACCGGCGGCUGUGCGAACUCUUGCCUUGCCCACACUCUUAAGGGAGGCUACAACGUCGUCGCCCUUGCGCGCACACCGUCGAAGUUGACAGAUCAACUUAAGGUCCAAGGCAUCGAGCAGUCAGUCAUCGACAAACAGCUCACCGUUAUCCAAGGAGAUGUCAACGAUAUCGAAGCAGUAAAGCGAACUGUAGCUCCAGCCUGCAAUAAUGGAGCUCUAGUACCAACCAUCAUCUCUGGUAUUGGAUCAACCCCAAAGCUACAAGCCUCAAUAUGGCAGCCAGUCACCCUGAAUGAUCCAAAUGUAUGCGAGAAAGCAACGAACAACAUUAUUUCAGCCGUAAAGGAGGUGCAGUCUUCUCAUGGGAGCGGAAUGCCCAAGACCCAGCCAUUCCUCACUGUUGUAUCAACCACCGGAAUAAGCAAGACAGAGGAUGUUCCUUUGGCCUUUAGGCCGCUAUAUCAUUAUUUCCUCGCAGUUCCGCACAAGGAUAAACUGAAGAUGGAGGAGGCUAUAUUCAACGCUGUUGCUGAUCCCACGCCUACUUGUCGAGUGUUCCGCGGUGUCAUGUCGGUUCGACCUUCGCUUUUGACGGGUGAUUAUAAUAUCGCCACCGGAAAGGGAUGGAAGACUCUCAGGGUUGGAACCGAUGAUAAGCCGGCAGUAGGAUACACCAUCCAGCGCGCAGAUGUGGGCGAGUGGAUGUACCAUGAGGUAGUCGCAAAUCGGGGACAAAACUACACUAACCAGAAGGUCUCCUUGACUAGUUAA